UGCUAAGGCAUUACAAUGAAUCCUGUCGAUGAAUGCCCCGCCCUCAAAGGCACAUGAGCCUGUGUAGGGAUGUGACUGAAGGAGGGGUUGUUUUGAUUUCUUUUUGUAUUUGGUAGUAUCUUAAUACCCCGUAUCKUAGGUGGCGGCAAUGCACCAAUAGAUGUAGUCUGCCAUAAAACUUUUAAWGAAGAAGAACAAUCGGCGUAAUAAAUACAACCGUGUUUUCGAUUUAGGUGUCAGCCACACUACUGUGAUUUUUUUAUUGUCCCCAUAUUGUAACAAAGUUGACAAAUUCGAUACAUUGUAUUCUUCCUCAACUGCCCACUCGAUAACAAUUCCGUGGCUCUUGUAUUUUYAAUCUGUAGUAGUAUAUUCUGUCAAUUAUCCAUUGUCAAACGCGAGAAGCCCCCCACCUCCUGACUCAAUGGAUUACGUUACUCUAAAUUACACUCCAUUUUCCAAAAUCUAAAUAGGAACUGUCCUAUAAUAUUGUCACCAAGGCGGUGCUAGUGUAAUUGUCGCAAACUGCAAGCCCUUCCCCGCCCACUAAUCCCUUAGAUUUAUAUAAUGCUCUAAUACACGAACAACAUCUGCUCACUUAGUUGUGGCCAUAGCAGUCGCGUAGCCGUCCUAACCAUCCAUAUUCGACCGAAUUCUACUGUGGAUAGCGGGUUUCUUUUGGGUCCACUUGUCCCUCGUCACCAGAGCCAUCUAUUAGGACGCACUUCACCAAAUCUCUCUGACCAGUGUGGGAGAAACUUGCGACCAUGGCGGCUCCAAACCUAGCUAAAGACACAGCUACAAACCCAGACGGGAGGGAUUUGAGCCCUGUGGACUUCAUCCAGCUGCAGCAGUACAUGGAAUAUGGCAGUCUGAGAGUGAAAGAUGUGAUGAAAGAGUUCCAUGCAGGCGGGCGGUUGGUCCAGUACAGAUUUGGAGAGCGAAUCGAUGCAGUUGGCUUCUCUUUGUUCCUCAAGACCUACCUGGAGGCGGAUGACUUCCCUGCUGAUUUCUGCCAACGCCUUUUCCACUACUUCCAGAAUGCAGAGCGAGACGUUUAUAUGAGGAGCCCUCCACCCAAAGGGGGUGGAGUGUACCUCAAAGAUGUGUCUUGUUACUUCUCUGUCUUGGAGGAGGGACAGCCGCGAGACAAACUGGAAUUUACUUUCAAACUUUAUGACAAAGAUGGCAACGGACUCCUGGACAGCUCAGAAGUGGAUCGGAUCAUCACCCAGAUGAUGCGUGCGGCAGAUUACCUGGGUUGGGACGUGACAGAACUCAGACCGGUGCUGAAGGACAUGAUGACGGCGAUGGAUGCUGACAGCAGUGGAGCGGUGACCCUGCAGGAGUGGAUCCAGGGAGGGAUGAACAACGUGCCCCUGUUGGUGCUGCUGGGACUCAAGAUGGCAGAGAGGGAUGGGCAGCACAUCUGGAGGAUGAAGCACUUCAACAAGCCUGUGUACUGCAACGUGUGUCAGAGCAUGCUGCUGGGCCUCAGGAAACAGGGCCUCUGCUGCACCUUGUGCAAGUACACUGUCCAUGGUCACUGUGCCAACAAGAAUCCUGGUCCAUGUGCCUGCACCUUUGUUAAAUCCAAAAAACAGAUUGGGAUUCCAGCUCACGGCUGGGUCAGUGCUGACUGUGACUCCAGUAAGUGUCACUUCUGCAACAAGAAGAUCAAGACCCUGGCAGGGAAGCAUUGCGUGUGGUGCCAACAGAUGCGCCAUGACGACUGUGUCAACUUCGGGUCAUCAUCGUGCGACUGCGGGUCGCUAAGAGACCACAUUCUGCCACCGUGGGCCAUAUACUCAUCCUCCAAGAAGGAUGAAGAAGGAAGGAGUAGUUCCAUGGAGGACACUAACCUGGAGGACAUCACCCCAGACGGGCACAUUCUGCAGAUUGCUCCUAUUCCAGACACCCACCCUCUCCUGGUGUUUGUGAACCCAAAGAGUGGAGGGAAGCAGGGGGAGAGAGUGCUGAGGAAGUUUCAGUAUCUACUGAACCCACGGCAGGUCUACAACCUCUCCAAUGGAGGCCCUGGACCAGGACUGCACUUCUUUCGGAACCUUCAUGACUACAGGAUCCUGGUGUGUGGUGGAGACGGCACAGUCGGCUGGAUUCUAGAUGCUAUAGACAAAGCUGACCUGCCGGUGCGUCCCCCAGUGGCGGUCCUGCCACUUGGCACAGGGAACGACCUUGCUCGCUGCCUCCACUGGGGAGGAGGUUACGAGGGCACAGAUCUYAGAGAGAUUCUGAAGGAGGUCGAGGAGAGCUCGUUGGUUCCUAUGGACCGCUGGAGUGUGCAGGUGAUUUCACAGGACCCCCAGGAGAUAGGAGACCCUGUGCCCAACGAGAUCAUCAAUAACUACUUCUCUAUUGGCGUGGAUGCCUCCAUUGCUCACCGUUUUCACUCCAUGAGGGAGAAGCACCCUCAAAAGUUCAACAGCAGGAUGAAGAACAAACUGUGGUAUUUUGAGUUUGCCACCUCUGAGACCAUCUCUGCCUCCUGCAAGAAGCUAAAGGAGUGUCUCAGCAUUGAGUGCUGUGGGACACCGCUGGACCUGAGCGGUCACUCUCUGGAGGGCCUUGCAGUCAUCAACAUACCCAGCAUGCACGGCGGCUCCAACCUGUGGGGUGAGGCUAAGAAGGCAGACAGAGACAAUGUGUCAGAAGAGGAACCGCCUGAGGUCGUCACUGACCACGACAUUCUGAAAAUGAGCUCACAAGACCUAAGUGACAAGCGGAUUGAGGUGGUGGGGUUGGAGGGGGCGAUUGAGAUGGGUCAGAUCUAUUCUGGGCUGAAGAGGGCUGGACACAGACUGGCUCAAACAUCACAGAUCACUAUCAGGACACAUAAAGCCUUGCCUAUGCAGAUUGAUGGUGAGCCCUGGAUGCAGCCUCCCUGCACUAUCCACAUCACACACAAGAACCAAGCCAACAUGCUGAUGGCUGCUCCUGCCAAAUCAUCAGGCUUCUUCCACCUCAAGUAGAGGAAAGGUGGGCUGCACCACUGAGACUGAAGAGGUCCGGGUGUAGGGGGAAACUUCACCCAGAAGCAGAGGUCCACUGACUGCUGAAGGACCACUGCCAUAAAGGAACCAACAUUUUCGUAAAAACAUUCUUCAUGUCUGAAUUUCUUCCUGAAACACUAGUAGCAAUUGAUUAACAUUGAUACUCUACUCAUUUCCAUAACAAAAAACUCAGAACUAUCCCAGGCUUGUGUUGAUUUGAGUAAGUCCCUUAAUGUUAAGCUUUAUAUUACAUUGCUAUUACAUUUUGUAUCUGUUUGUAUUAGUUAUGUAUAAUUCCAUAGUAUUCCAUGAGUUUGAUUACUUUUAAGCCUUAUUGUUAUGUCUCAGCACAGUAAUAGAUCUCCUGUUUGUUUAUCUGCGUUCUAUAGCAUUUUCACACAAAUGUUUUUGUAUCCAUAUUGAUUAACGUGAUAGGCCAAUAGUCUGUGUCGCUAUAUAAUGCCGUUCAUUGUCAAAUCUAAGUAUGUUUCGCCUACUCAGCAAGUUUCUUGUAGAGGAUACAGCUCAGACAGCUGAGGGUAUCGUUCGCGUUGCCCGACCUCACUUAAAGGCCCAGUGCAGUCAAAUUAGAUUUUUCUGUGUUUUACAUAUAUUUCCACACUAUGAGGUUGGAAUAAUACUGCGAAAUUGUGAAAAUUAUGAUAAUGCCCUUUUCAUGUAAGAGCUGUUCGAAAAGACAGACUGAAAUUUCAGGUGGUUUUGAUGGGAUGCAGUGUUGGCCUGCCUGGUGACAUCAGGUAAAUGCAUUAAAAGAACA